AUGAGCACCACCACGGUUCCUCUUCUCCAACAGCAACACCUAGGGAACUCCGAAUCUGAUGUGGCAGCAUGGAAUUCGUCGCCCGUGCCCUCCGCCGGCCGUCAGUCGCAGCGGUUGCGGGAGGUCGGGCGCGUGCACUGGCGGGCGGAGCGCGGCGGACUAGCGGGAACCCGGAAGGUUCCGGAAGGGAAGGGAGGGGAAGGGGAAGGGGAAGGGGAGGGGGAAGGGGAAGGGAAGCGGGAAGUGGAAGGGGAGGGGGAAGGGGAAGGGGAGAGGGAAGGGGAAGGGGAGAGGGAAGGGGAAGUGGAGCGGGAAGGGGAAGGGGAGAGGGAAGGGGAAGUGGAGAGGGAAGGGGAAGGGGAGAGGGAAGGGGAAGUGGAGAGGGAAGGGGAAGGGGAGAGGAAAGAGGAAGUGGAGAGGGAAGGGGAAGCGGAGAAGGAAGGGGAAGGGGAGAGGGAAGGGGAAGGGGAGAGGGAAGGGGAAGGGGAGAGGGAAGGGGAAGGGGAGAGGGAAGGGGAAGGGGAGAGGGGAGGGGAAGGGGACGAGGGAAGCGAUCAUAGCUUCACCAUUGCAGCAGUCGCGGAUGAUACAGUUGGCAUGGAAGUGGUUAGUUCGCAUGGAGGAGACGACAGUCUUGGCGACGAUGGUGAUGGCCAGGGGCGCUAUGGUAUAGACCUGGAGCCAGGGGGGUGUGAAGGGAGUGGGGAGGCGGAAGUGAGGGAGGCGGAAGUGAGGGAGGCGGAAGUGAGGGAGGCGGACGUGAGGGAGGCGGAAGUGAGGGAGGCGGAAGUGAGGGAUGCGGAAGUGAGGGAGGCGGACGUGAGGGAGGCGGAAGUGAGGGAGGCGGACGUGAGGGAGGCGGACGUGAGGGAGGCGGACGUGAGGGAGGCGGACGUGAGGGAGGCGGACGUGAGGGAGGCGGACGUGAGGGAGGCGGACGUGAGGGAGGCGGACGUGAGGGAGGCGGACGUGAGGGAGGAGCGUGGAAGUCAAGAAGACGGAGUUGGGUCAUGGCAAGAUGAGGGGCAGAAUGCGAGGGGUUUUGGAGAAGUAGUUGUGUGCUCACCUGCUGGUUCCGCUCCUGCUGGCCUGUCUUCCGGCCAGCCCACUGUGAGAAGCUCAAUUGUACAUGCACAUGCACAUGCACUUGCACAGGGCUCCCCCCCCACCCGCCCACCUGCCAUCCCGCACUUACCCCAUCCCAUGCCACCUCCUUCCACUCUGUUGCAUGCGGCAUCAUCACCUCUUGUGUCACCUUCUACUAGCCCCGAUUCUCUCCUUACUACUGUUCCCCUUGCCGCCUCCAUUCCGCCUACUCCGCGUACUCCUAUUUCUCCUAUCUCUCCUAUUUCUCAUAUUUCUCCUUUGGCUCCUAUAUCUCCUAGUCUUUUGACGCCGUCCCUACUUUCCCGUCCACCACCUUCGGCUCCCUUCCUGCAACCAUCAGCACCGCAUACCCACCCACCUUCACCCUUUUCAAGCCCAUCUGCACCACUCCCUCACCCAGCUGCACCGCACUCACCGCACAGCAGCAGCAGCGGCAGAGGCUCGUUGGACCUCAACCUGCCGCCGUCUGCUGCAGACAACAUUGACUCGUCAUGGCUCCAUGCUCCUAAAGGCAAGCGCAGGAACCGGAGCAAGGGGCAGGACGGCUGCAACGGCUGCAUGGGCGGGCUGUCCUCCCCUUCACCCAUGCACCACCCUCCUCCUGCUUCUCCUGCUCCCGCUCCUCCUGCUCCUAUUCCUCCUGCAACUCCUGCUCCUCCUGCCCUGCAUGCAUCCCCUGCCUCUUCUCCGCUGUCUCCCCCUCCUGCUGCUGUGCUGUCGCCGCCUGCUGCGUCCCCCUUCCACACAGCGGAGCGUCAUGCCAACUCUCCUCCUGCUCACAACACCCCCACGCCCCUUCUCUCCACGCCCACCCAGCAGAGGACUGCUUUCUCCCCACCCACUUUCCCUGCAACUCCUCCAUCACUCCUUCCUCGUCCCUCUGCCACUUUCUUCUCCCCCUCCACUACUCGCACGCCUUGCUUCUCUCUCCCACCCGCUGUCAUCGGCUCCCCUCUGCGUCCUCUCAGAAUCGGUCACCUUUUCUUCCCUUCUCCCAACGCCGCCCCCACUACAACUGCCACUAGCACUGCCACUGCCACUGCCACUGCCACUGCCGCUACCACCACCAACCCUUGGGCCUCUGCUGCCGCUUGCGUCACCAAAUCAGCUAUCCCAACGUGGAACAACCGUGAUGCGCAUACAGGGGGAUGCCCUGUGAAUAGCUCAUGUGCUCCUGCUGCUGCUGCUCCUGCUAAUGCUACUGGUGCUCCUGCUGCUGGUGCUGGUGCUGGUGCUGGUGCUGGUGCUGCUGGUGCUGCUGCUGCUGCUGCGGGUGUGGGAGUAAGCAUGGGGAUUUGUGAUCUGGAUAAUGAGGAUGCUUUGGAGAAUGUGCCUUUAGCCAUACGUUGGCUAUCACAGCAAGGCAGAAAGCGCGGGGGAUGCGAUGGGGAGGAGGACGAUAGUGAGGGGGAGAAGGGGAAGGGAGACGAUGAGAUGGGGGGCGGGAGCGAGGACGGGGAGGAGAGCAACAACAGAGAAGAAGGGGUUCUGGGGAAUGGCGGUGGUGGCAAGGAGGCAGAAGCAGCUAAUGGAAACGGCAAGUCUACUCAGCAGGGCCUUGGUUCCUCCCAGGCAUCUCAUAAGCACAAAUCUUCUCAACGGCGAGGGAAGAAGGCAGGAGAAGGAGGAGGUAGUGGAAGAGGGGAAGGGGUGGGGUCGGGAGGCAAGAAGGGGACAGCUGGAGUUCAAGGGCGUGGAGAAGACUUGGAGGGCGUGGGAGGAGAUGGGAACGGGAAGGAAGGCAAAGGGAAGCUGAAGAGGAAGCGGCACCCGCGGCCUAAAGUGGUACGGGAUGGUGGGAUGGGGGGGGGAGGUGCAGGCGGAGGUGCAGAUGUAGGAAGAGGAGGAGGAGAUGGGAAAAAAAAGGGUGACGCUGGGAACGGGAAUGUGAGGAAUGGGGCUGAUAGAACGGGGGGUAAUGGAGACUCGGGUGGGAUGGUUGAUGGGAAGAAGAAAGGUGGGGGAGGGAAGAAGGGGCAGGCAGGUGCAAGGGAACCAGGGGGUGAAGGGAGUGGGGGCGGAGGAGGGAAUGGAGGGGAUGGGGCAGUGCGUGUUGGCGUGAAGGGGAAUGGUGCAUGCAGUGGCGGAGGAGGAUAUAUAGGCGUGGCAACAGCUGCUGCUGCUGCUGCUGCUGCUGCAGCUGCUGCCGGUGCCGCUGCUGCCGCCGUCGCUGCCGCCGCUGCUGCUGCCGCCGCUUCUGUCGCCGCUGCCGCCGCGGCCGCUGCUGCUGCUUCUGCCUCUGUUGCUGCCGGUGCUUCUGCUACCUCUGGCGAUGCUGCAAUGGACGGCCAUGCGUUUCGUCCUCCCCUGCAUCCGUCCACACCACUCCCCGCUUCUGCAUCCGUGCACUUGCAGCAUUCACAACAACAAGUGCUGCAGCUGUCGCAACAGCAGGUGUCCCAGCAGCAAGUAUCGCAGCAGCAGCAGCAGCAGCAGCAGCAGCAGCAGCAGCAGCAGCAGCAGCAGCAGCAGCAGAGGUGGCAGCAGCAGGGGUGGCAGCAAGUCGUGGUCUCAAGGCAGCUGAUGCCACAAGUCGUGGCGGCAUUGCAAGAGAGAGUGGCAACCUCAUUCACCACCCAGCAUGCUCCACCUAUCCCUGCACCACUGCAAGGCCCAAUCCGCAUUCCUGCGAACCUGUUGCUAAUCCCAUCCCACAUGCCCUCUGCACCCCCCUGUGCCACAGUCAGGCAAAACACUGCAUGCACAGCUCAUGCUGCUCAUGCUGCUCAUACUGCUCGCACCGCUCGUGCUCGCACUGCUUGCACAAAUCGUACAAAUGGUAUAGAUUGUACAGAUGCAACAGAUCGUACACAUUGUGCAGAUGGUAUAGAACGUACAUCAACCCUUGCUCUUCGCCCCGCACUCGCUGCCACACCCACUUGUGCCAAUCGCUCUCCCCUGCCACCACCCCCUGUGCUCUCUUGCACUCUCGCCUCUCCUGCUGCCUCUCCUGCUCUCCAUCAUCCUGUUGCUGCCUCUCAGGCCUCCGCCCCUGCUCACUCUUCUCCUUUCUCAAGCUCAAAUGCCGUGCACCAGACUCCUGCCCCUUCAAUCCCUACCGCUGAUCCCCCUCCCCUCCGCUGCAACCCUCCACUAGCUCACCAACCCCUCGAUUCUCCACGCCUUCCCACAUUCCCUUCUGCUUCCGAUUCCUUUCAGUCCCCUCCAUUUUCUCCCCCAUCCCACUCUCUACAUCCUCCGCCAAGGCGAGAGCUCUUCUCCUCCUCCUCCUCCUCCUCUUCCACCUGUACUGAAAAGCUUCUGUACAAGCCACAAUCAACGCAUCUCCCACGUCACAACCCAUCUCUCCCACACCCCCUCCGUUCCUCUGCCUGCACUACUACCAACGCCUCCCGUGAUUGCCUCUCCCCUCGCACACCGCACACUGCAAGUCCUGCUGCCCCUCACACCACAACUACCCACAAUACCCCAUUCCGGCACCCUACGCAACUCCCUUCGUCUCUGUCCCCCCUUCGCCUUCCUCCUCUUCCUCCUCCCCCUGCUGUCGAUCCUGUGCUUCCUGACUCAUCCAGUCAACCCCCCCCCACCCUUGAAGGCCCCUCCACACCUCUUUCUUUCCCCUCACGCCUUCCUUCCGUUGCCAUUGCUCCUCAGAACGCCCCUCGCGCCCCAGCUCCUCCCUUCAUGCUCAACUCUCUUAUUCCUCCUCGCCCUCCUUUCAAUCCCCAUGCUCCCUCAUUGCUACCCCUACUUUCCACUCCCCCGCUGCCAUCGCCACUGCCUGUACCUUCACCCACCCUUGUGCUUACCUCAGCAGCUCAAUCGUUCCUUUCAAACCUGCUCCCAAGCCUACCUUCGCACCUCCCUUCACGCCUCCCUUCACAUCUACCCGCACACCUCACCCUGCAUUCGUUCACCGCAGGAUUCGCUGCCGGUGCACUAGCAGCACAUUCCCAGCUGCCGCAUUCAGCAGCAGCAGCAGCAGCAGUGGCUCAUGCAGUCCAGAAACCCUUGGCACCACCAGCAGCAGCAGCACAUGGCAGCAAGGCGCCGACAGUGCCCGCCAGUGGCCCAGGCAGCAAGGCGAUGGCAUUGCCUGACAAUGUGACAUGGGUGGGAGAGAGGUUGAGAGUGGUUGAGAGGGUGGAAGUUGACAGAGAGGUCAGAUCCUCAGUUCCUGUGGCUGGUGCCGUGAUUGGUAGGGUAGGGACGAGGGAUGGGAGGCACAUGGGCGAUGGGAUGAUGCAAUCAGGAAGCCGACUGCAGGUGGUAGGUCAGGUGGGAGUGGCACCAGGACAAGGCGUGCAAGUGGAUCCUUCCACUGCUACUGCUGCUGCUGCUGCCGCUGCUGCUGUAGGUGUUUCUGCUGUUUCUCCUGCUACAGCACCUCCUGCUAUUGCUGCCACCCCGGCUGCACAUGUGCACGCUCUCUCACCCAACACACCAGCACCCCAAGCAUCAAAACCCCAGGCAGCUGCAGCAGCAGCAAGGGCAGCAGCAACAUCAACAGCAGCAGCAGCAGCAGCAGCAUCCCCUGCUCCUGCGUGCAUGCAGCUAGCAGUGCGUGCAACUCUACCCAUGCAGCCCACCCGGAGCAAGCCCAAACCCGGCAAGGCCACACACGCGCGCCCAAGAGUGCAGUUUGACUCAGAAACAGAGGGGCAGAGGGGCAGCAAGGCGGUGCCUGUGGGCAUGUUGGAGUGGGCGGAGGCGCUGGAGGGGCCGGAGAGGGACAAGUGGAGCGAGGCACAGAGACAGCUGAGGGAGAACGUGGAUGUGUUCAUUCGGCGCAUGCGCUUCGUGCAAGCCGCAGCUGAGGAGAAUGUUGAUGUGUUCAUCCGGCGCAUGCGCUUCGUGCAAGGUGUGUGGGGCAGUGGGAGGAUGGGAUGGUGGGUGGGAGGUUGCGCUGUAGGGAAGGAAAGAGAGAAUGGUGGCGAGAUCGCAGGAGAGGCCGCAGGGAAGGAUGUGGGGUUGCUGGCUGCGCUCUGCUCUGCUGUGGAGCAGUUAUCGCUGAAAGACAGCGCUCUGUCCCCUCACUCUCACCAGCGCCACAAGGAUGGAAGAGGUAGCAAGGGCGACGGGGAUGGUUGGCGGCUAGGUGAACGAGGCGAUGCAGUGAAGAGUGGAGCAGUGAAGACGAAGACACUGGUUGAAGUGCUGGCACAAGGUGGAGAGUCGGUGAUUCGAGGGCAGCAAGGGGUGCCGGGGAUUGUUGAGAAUCCUCCAAACACUCCUGCAGAUGAAGCAGUGAAGAUGAAGACACUUGUUGAAGUGCUGGCACAAGGGGAAGACUCGGUGAUUCGAGCGCAGCAAGGGGUGCCGGAGAUAGUUGAGAACCCUCCAAACACUCCUGCAGUUGCAGAUGCAGCAGAGAAGGUGAAGCCAUUGGUUGAGGUGCUGGGACAAGGCACAGACACAGUGAACCCAGCAGGGCAGCAGGGCGUGCUGGAACUGGAAGAAUCGUGUUUUGAGUCGACUCAAAACACGGCGCAAGGCAAAGACACAGUGAACCCAGGACAGCAAGGCGUGCUGGAACUGGAAGAAGGUAGUAAGGGCACGUGGACUGCACUUGAAUACACCGCACGGGCAGUGCGAGAGGAGAAGGCUGGUGGGUUUAAGGUGUCCGGUGGGAAAAAGGGGGCGCUGCAGCAGCAGCAGCAGCAUGAGCAGCGGGUGCGGGAGUGGGAGGAGAUGCGGCAGCAGGUGCUGGUGAGGAUGAGGCGGGAGGAGAGGAGGAGGGAGAGUGAGAGGAGGGAGGCGGAGGAUUAUGGGAUGAGGUUCGAGGAGGUGCCUUGUGUGCGCGUGGUUGAAGUGGUGGAGUUGGUGUCAGGGGAGGGUGUGGUGGGGGGUGAGGGUGUGGUGGUGGGUGAGGAGGCAUGCUUGGUUGUGGGAGAAGCAGAAGAAGCGGGGGACGUGACAGGUGUAGGAGGAGUGGUAGGAGUUGCAAUGGAGAUGGAUGUUAGGGGGGGUGAAGAGGGAAGUGGUGAUGCGACGAGAUUGGAGGGUGAUGAGGUUAGGGCAAGACUGGAAGGCACAGGAAAAUUAAGCUCUCCUGACGCGUCUACAGACACAGCACGGCUCGCUCAGUCUCAAGUGGCUGCUGAUCAUUACUUGCAUAACCCAUGCUCUCCUGACUCGGCUACAAACACAGCACGGCUCGCUCAGUCUCGAGUGGCUGCAUGCACUGCCUGUCAGACUCGCACAACUCGCACAGUCAGUCCGCCGUUUCCCCUCCGCUCCUUCACCCUCCCUCCCUCCGCCCUUUACUUGUUGCCCUUUACUCUGGAGUUCCUGGUGAGCAUCCGGGGCAUGGGGCUCAAGAGCACUGAGUGCAUCCGCCUCCUCUGCUUGCGCCACCUCGCCUUCCCAGUGGACACCAAUGUGGGGCGCAUAUGUGUGCGCCUGGGGUGGGUGCCCCUGGAGCCCCUGCCGCACGACUUGCACCUUCACCUGCUGGAGCAGUACCCAGUUCAGGAGAGUCUACAGCGGUACCUGUGGCCACGGCUAUGCGGCAUGACGCAAGAGAUGCUCUACGAGCUUCACUACCAUAUGAUCACCUUCGGAAAGGUGUACUGCACGAAGCGCAGCCCCAACUGCAUCGCGUGUCCCAUGAAGGACAAGUGCCAGCACUUCAACAGCGCCCUCAAUGCCAACCGCCCUCUUCUGACGUCAGCCCCUCAAGGCAACACCAGCCGCAGUGCUGGUGAAGCGGGAGGCACACCGGGGGCCAGGAGGGGAGCAGCCGGGGGGGUUAACCAGGGGAUGAGCGGCAGUGGGACGGUGAGAGGCAGUGGAGCAGUUAAUACUGGUGGUGUGUUGACUGUUGGGGGUAGAGGGGGUGCGAGGGCUGAAGGGGCAUCACCUGCUGCUGCUUCUGCUGCUUCCAGAGCAGCGGCCGCAGCAGCAGUCACUGAGCAUGGUUGGGGUGCCUCAGCCAGCAGGAGUGGAAGCAACGUGGUGAGGAAGUUCAGAACUAUGACACAGCUGCUUCAUGCGCAGUGCCCGCAACAGGAGCAGCAGCAGUUGCAGCAGCAGCAGCAGCAGCAGCAGCAGCAGCAGCAGCAGCAGCCACAGCAGAAGCCAUGUGUUGUGUGCCAUUCAGAAGCCUCAGUUACUGCCGGAACAGCUGGAGGGAGACCAACAGCGUUGCUACUGAAUGCACAGGCAACAGCUGCAGCAACACCAGCAGCAGCAGCAGCAGCAGCAGCAGCAGCAGCAGCAGCAGCAGCAGCAGCAGCAGCAGCAGCAGCAGCAGCAGCAGCAGCAGCAGCAGCAGCAGCAGCAGCAGCAGCAGCAGCAGCAGCAGCAUCAGCAGCAGCAGCAGCAGCAGCAGCAGCAUCAGCAGCAGCAGCAUCAGCAGCAGCAGCAGCAUCAGCAGCAUCAGCAGCAUCAGCAGCAGCAAAUCAUUUUCCCCAAGCUGGACCAUCUGCAAUGCACGUCAUUCCUCCUCUGCAGAUAGCACUCAGGAAGCCUGGUCCUUACGCUCAGGUAUCACCUGCCCAGUUGGUGCCUAGCAAUGCCAUAGCAGGUGAUGUGAGUGGGUGCAGUGAGGGAAGCGGGCAGGGACUCCCAAGCACGGUGGAGGGCCCCCGACUCAGUGGCGAAAUGGAAAGACAUCCAAGGGAGCAGGAAGUCAGAGAGAACAACAGCGUCGUAUCACCUGAGAAGGAGGGUGGCGAUGCAGCAGGUGGAAGGACCAAUGGCCGGAAAUGGGCUGCAAAGGAGGGCAGUGGGGGAAUGUGGCAUACUAAGGAGUUGGAUUCGCGCGAGUGGGUUAUGUCCAGUGCGGUGCCUGUGGUGGAAGAACCAGGCAGCCCUGUUUCAGAGGCGCCUCAAGACAUGCCUGAAAAGAGCACUAAGGACCAGGUGCCUCAGAAAUUGCCUGUGUUUGAGGAGCAAGGCAGCCGAGAACGGUACAGAGUGGUAGGAGGAGGCAAGCGGGGUGCUGUGAGGGUUACGGGCAGGGGUGGAGGGGAUGGGGAGAGAGGCAGGAUGGUGGUUGUGGGGGACGGGAUGAAGGGAAGCGAGGAGGGGGCACUUGAUCAUGAAGCAUCUUGCGGUGGGGAUGAGGAUGAGGAUGAGGACAGGAGCAGGGCGGUGGUGCUGAUACCAGAGGACGUGGCAGCGUGCAUGCGUCCCCCGCCUCUCAAGGCUGCUCAGCGCCUGCGCACUGUGCACUGCGUGUGA